AUGAGUGAAGAAGAAGCAAAUAACGUAGUCAAGGGGGGUAAAGAAGUUUCAUCAGAGGAACCUUCGAAAGAGAAACCGGAAGAUGAUUUAGUAGAAGAUGUUGAUAUUGAAGAAAAUGAUACUAAUAAAUCGGUACAGAAUGAAGAUGAAAGUAAGGAAAAGGCACCUCCAUUACCAACAAGGGAAAAGACUCCUGAAACUAAAGAGGAGAAUCCAAUUUUCAAGCAAUUGAGAGAAGCAUUUCCCAAUAUCGAAGAAAACCAUAUUAAAGCUGUGAUUAUUGCAUCACAAGGAGCCAUUGAUCCUGCUUUUAAUGCACUUUUGUUUCUUUCAGACCCAGAUUCAGGCAAAGAUAUCAAAUUGCCUUCUAGACCUGUCACACCGGGUAUUUCUUCACAUAAGAAAUUGAAUCAAUUAGAACAAGAUGAAAUGUUGGCUCGUCAGUUAAGCGACCAGUACAACAAGCCAAGACGCGGACGCCAUCAUCGUCCUCGUCCACAUAGACCACAGCCUGGUACUGAUGAGUAUGCCUGGUACGAAGCAAGAAUUCAGGAUAGGGAAAGAAGACGUCAUCGUCCUUUAACUGAUGAAGAAAGGAGAGAAAUAUAUGAUGACGAUGACACAUGGGCAAAUUUUGUUGAAAAAGACUUGCCUGAAUUGAGAGCAAAGGCAAAUAAGUCAAUUCAAGAGACAGCUACAAAAGUUAGUAAUUGGUGGAGUGGUGUUACCAAGAAUUUCGCUAACGAUGAAUAUGAUCAACAACCACGUAGAAGCGGUAGUAAUACUGAUUAUAAUAUGAAUGAUGAUCAAUUAAGACAACAAGAGGAAGCUUUGAGAUACUAUGAAAAGAAAAGAAGUAAUACUAAGCCUGGCGAAAGACGUAGAUUCAAUUCAUUUGGUGCACAUGUUGGUGAGCGUGGUGACUCAUUAGAAAAUCAUGGGAUUUUGUUGACAAAUGAGGAUUUAUCCGAUGAUGAAGAUGUACCACCACAAUUACCAUCAAGAGAAAGAUCUAAGAACCUUGAAACCGCUUCUUCUGCAGAUCCAGACAGUUCUAUGAUCACCAAUGAAGAUCAAAAAGUCAUCCCACAAACCACGUAUAUUGACACACCAGACACGGUUACAAAGAAGAAAUGGCAACCUGUACCACCAGAACCGCUCGGUGCUACCCCUACAAAGGUCACGGCAUCGACCAAGGCCAAGCUUGGAACCAGUCCUGAUGCGGAUGAGUUCUUAAUCAACAGUGACGAUGAAUAG